UAUGUGAUACAAUGAAAAAAACGAAAAAAUUAUUAGUCACUGAUUUCAUUGAUGAUAAAAUAACAACAACAGCCACUAUUACAUUUGCACAACGAAAAGAUUCACCAACAAAAUCAUCAACGACAACCAUUCAACAGCAAUCAACAUCACAACAACAACAACAACAACAACCAACGAAAUUUUCAAAAUUUCGUCUGAUGACACCAUCAUUACGGCAAUCAAUAUUAAAUCAAAUGAUUGCCAUAGCUGAUUCAAUGGAAAACCUGGAUGAAUCAAAUAAAACAAUGAACGAAAUGGAACCAAUGCAAACGAUAGAUAAAUUAUCAUCACAAAAAGAACAAUCUUCUGAUGAUGAUGAUGAAUGUCAUCGAAAAUUAAAGAAUCAAAUAAUGACAAAUAAAAAAAUUAAUAAACAACAACGACAACGAAGUAUUUAUGAUUCAGCCAAUAAUAGUCGUAAUAGUUGUUCACAAAAUGAUAAUGAUGAUGAUGAUGAUGAUAAUCAACAAGUUGAUAUUUGUAAAUCAAAUUCAACAAAAAGUUCAACAAUCGAUGAAGAUGAAGAUUCACAAACAUUUUCAAUUGAAAAUCUACCUGAAGAUAGUACAACAUCAGGUAGUUUUAUGUUGGAUGAUGUUACAUCCAAUAAUAAUAAUGAAACAAGUGAAACAUUGAAUGGUUCAUAUUUUAUAUCAGAUUCAAUAUCUGGUUCAACAUCAAGAAAUUUUUAUUCAGUUUCAAAUGAUCUGAUCGAUGGUGAACAACCAUUAAUUGAUAAUAAUCGUAUUGGUAAAAGUGAACCAGCAACUGUAUUAUCAAUAUCGGAAUUUGUUCAUGGCCAAUCAUCAUCGAAUGAUCAAAAUUAUCAAUCAAUGCCUUGUAACAUUAAUCAUAUUGCUGUGGCUAAACAAAUUGGUGGUGAAAAUCCAAAUUUUUUACGUGUUCGUUUUGAACAAAGACAACGUAAAGCAAUGGAAAGAAAUGGUAAUAAAAAUAUGAAAACUGCCACAACAACAUCGAGUAGUAGUCAAUCACAAGAUAAAUCAUCACAUGAAGAUGAAGAUGAUGAUGAAGAAAAAAAUCCAGAUGACGAUUAUACAUGUACGGAUAAUUUUUUUGGUAAAUAUCAAAAAAUUCUUGAUUCACAAUAUGAAGAAUCAACAAAUCGUGUGAUAUCGACCAAUGUACAUGAUGAACAAUCAGCAAGUCAGAAAAUGGCCACAUCAUCUGAACAUGAAUUGGAAAUCAAUAGACAAUGGAAACAAAAACAACGACAACGACUUCAAUCAUCACAAGCAAAAGAAAUUUCAUUGACAGGUCAUCAUCAUCAUCAUCAUCAUCAACAGCAGCAGCAGCAGCAACAACAACAACAACAACAUUCAUCGAUGGCUAAUUUACAUCAACAGCAGCAAAAUUCGGGCAAUAUUAAUCUAAAUAACAAUACUCAUAAUCAUCAGAUUGGACAACAACAACAUCAACAACAAUAUUGUAAUACAACUGAUUUGUUUGAACAAUCAUCACAAGCUACUGAACGUGAUGUUGAAAGAUCAGAAUUUUCAUUACAGAAUCAAAAUUCUGAAUUAGAUGAAGAUGAAUCAUUAACAUUUGAAAAUUUAAAUAAUCAAAGUUUAUCUGUUAUUGAUGAAGAUUCUAAAGGUGAUCAAGAAUCUGGUGCUGCAAAUAAUGCUCAACAACAGCAACAAUCACAGCCAUUAUUACCUCAACCACUAUCAUCUAGAUCUGCUCAAAAUCGACGAUUAAUUGUUGAUAAUAAAAAUAUUAAUGCUGUUGUCGAUGAUGAAGAAGAUGAUGAUGAUGAUAAACAUUUAGCCACAGGUUCAGGUGAUCUGAUUCAAACUUUAUGUCGAUUGGAUAGUAGUGGCGAUAAAUCCGAAUUACUUGAAGAACGUGAUCUGAGUUUAGAAGCAGUUUUACAAGAAGAAAGUAAAGAAUUAGAACGUGUAAAAGCUGCUGAACUAUUAAAUGACAAUGGCCAUUAUCAUCACCAUCAUCAUCAUCAUCAUCGACAUGGUAAACGCUAUCAUCAUCAACAACAACAACAUGGUAACAUUGUUUCACAUAAUACAUUGAUGGACGAUGCUCCAACCACUUGCCAUACAUCGACAACAUUUCAAUUGAUAACAAUGGAUGAUAGUUCUAGAGAUAUUCUUGACACGUCUCGUAAUAUUGUACAUGAUGAUGAAGAACGUACAGAAUUACGUGAUGAACGAAUAGCAUUGUUAACAUCCUUAGCAACCAAUGAUUCUAGUGAUGGAUCAGGCUUACCAAGUAUUGAUAAUAAUAGUACCAAUAAUAAUAAUGAUGAUAAUGAUGAUAAUAUGAACAUGAAUGCUCGACAAAAAUUCGAUCGAAAAAUGAAAGAAAUUGAACAAAGGAUUUUAUCGGAUAAACAUCCGAAUAAUCAAAUUGCUACAGAAAAAAUAUUGAAAAUUCAAUCGAAAAAUGAUCAACAACAACAACAACAACAACAACAACAACAACAAGAAACAACAAGACAGACAUAUGUUUCACAUAAUAAUUCGGCUACAUAUUCGGAAUGUAGUUCAAUGACGACACCCGAUAAUAAAAAUUUGAUUAUCGGGACCAAUUCUGAACUUACAUCGAUAUUGAAACAUAAUAAACGUGGUCAAUCACAACCGCCACCAAUAGCUGGCGUUAGCGUCGCUGGACAACGACAAACAUCAAAUGUUGUAUUUGCCAAUCAAUCUGGCAAUAAUCGUCAGCAGCAUCAUCCAUCAACAACGAAUCAACAUUGUUGUUCACGAUGUUAUCAUCGUCAUCAUCAUCAUCAUCAUCGUCAUCCAGUUGGAUCGGGUAGUCAUCACCGAUUUUCGACAACAAGUUCAUCAAAACAUUCAGUUUGUUUACAUCAUCAUAAUCGUCAUAAUGACAUUACCGUACCUAGUAAUAGUAUACGUACAUCCAGUAAUCAAAAUGAGAUUAUUACACAGGCACGUGCUCGUUCAUUAACUCGUAAUCUUGGUGUUAAUAAUAAUGCAAUAACUGGAACGAUUGGUCUACAAAAUAAAUUACAAGAAGUUCAUCAUGAGCAACAACAACAACAACCACAAAACCAAUUAAAGGAUCAAAUGCCUGCACAACAACAGUCUAGACAACGAUCACCUUGUAGUCAACAUCAUUUCACAUGUAGCCAUUGUGGUGAAUCAACAAUGCCACCAAAUCUUGUGCCAAUAAUUCCGACAACAAGUAGAUUCAAACGACGAGGAAUGCCACAAUUAUCACGAAAAUCAUUCACUGUUGAAGAUGUUUAUUUUGAUGUUGAUGAUGAAGAGAAUGAUAUUGGUGUUCAUUCUGAAAGUUAUCGAUCAUCAUUAUGGAUAUAUAUUGGACGUAAAGAAGAGCUAAAUAUUUGGAAUAAUCUUAAUCGUGCUAUAUUGAAUUGUUCAUCACAAAAAUAUUCUAGAUGUGAUAUAAAUCGUAAACAAUUUCGAUUAUCAACAACAAAUUCCGGUAGUGAUUUAAAUAAUGGAAGUGAUCGUAAUAAUAAUAAUAAUAAUACGAAUUCAUCAUCAACAACAACGGAUACAAUUUCAACAACACGAUCAGAAUCAGAAGAAAGUACAGCAUCGGAAAAGAAUUUUCGUCAACGUUAUGAAACUGUAACACAUCGAUUAAUACAUCGUAAAGCAUCAAUUGAAUUAUAUCGUAGAAUUUUGGAUCAAACAUUUACCAUAGAUAAAUGUCUAACAUUGACACGUGAUAAUAAUGAAUUUGGAUUCCGUAUUCAUGGUAACCGUCCUGUAGUUGUAUCGGCUGUUGAAAAAGGAACAUCUGCACAACAUAAAGGUUUAGAAGUGGGUGAUAUAAUUGUUGCUGUCAAUGGUCAUACAGUGUUGGAUUCAUCACAUUCAGAAGUGGUUCGCAUGGCUCAUCAUGGACAUUCAUUAAAAUUAGAAGUUGCAAGUACAGCGGCCGCAUUAAAAGCUGAAACAACACAAGCAAGUGAAAAUGAGCCUAAAGUGAUAAUCAAUGGCUAUUUAAGUCGAUAUAUUGAUAAAUUGGCCGAAAAAUGUAGUACUAGCCGUGAUAAAAUGACCAAUCCAAAGUUAUGGAGACGACGUUGGUUUGUACUAAAAUCUGAUGCUUGUCUUUAUUGGUAUCGUAAUCCAAAAUCAUUGGAACCAAUUGGAGCCAUUUCAUUACAAGGAUACUGUGCUGGAAUGGUAAAUGAAUGUCUAUUUGGUCAAGAACAUUUAUUUCGUUUAGUUGGAUAUAAAACAACAAGAUGUAAAUAUCUGGCAGCUAUUGAUCAUGCAACAGCCAUACAAUGGGUGAAAGCAUUGAAUCAAAAUUCUAUCCAAUACAGUAAUAGCGACGCAUUCAUUGAAAACACUCUACACAAUAUACAUCGUAAUCCAUUGAAUUUUAUCAAUCCAGAUUGUUAUGGUUUUCUUUGGAAAUUCAAUCAAAUGAAAAAAAAUUGGAAACAACGAUAUUUUGUAUUGAAAGAUGCAUGUCUUUAUUUUUAUGCUGAUGCAAAUUCAACUACUGCAUUAGGUCUAUUUUUUCUUCAUGGUUAUCGUGUUCAGGCAAAUGUCACAUUCAAUUUAGAUAAACAACAACAACAGCAACAAUCAUUACCACCGGCACCACCACCAACGCCUCAACAAUUAAUUAAUCAAACACAACAAUUACAACAAUCAUCAAUUACGGCCGAAUCUCGACAACAUAUAUUUGAAAUUGUACCAAGUGAUUCAAAAUAUAGACAUAUUUGGUUAUGUGCUGAUUCUGAAUCUGAUCGUAAACGUUGGACAUAUGCACUGGAAUAUUCUAUUGAUCGUUGGAUUCGUCUUAAAUAAAUUAUUAUUCAAUUGAUUCUAUCAAAUUAUUUAGUUUCUGCUAUCAAAAAAAAAAAAAUUUAUUUUAAUCUUAUCUACACCAGCCACACAUACACACACACCGAUACACACACAUGCAUACAUUCAUACAAAUGUACAAGAAUUCCAUUUUUUCUUCUCAAUUCUAAUUAUUAUUCUCUAUGGAAUUAUUAUAUCAUUAUUAUUAUUGUUG